UCACGAUUUUCGACUUUAUUCCGAUCUCACAACAAAGUCUCACCGUGAAUCUGCUAGUUCUACUCUACGUGACAUUUAGAACGUACACCAUGGCUGGUCCUAACCCAUACAGCAACCUCCUUCGUACCGUAGAAGUCCACGGGAAUACUUACAAGUAUUAUGACUUGGCUUCGUUUGGUGACAAAUACAACCGACUCCCAUACAGCAUCAGAGUGCUGCUGGAGUCUUGUGUUCGGAACUGCGACAACUUCCAAGUGUUAGAGAAGGACGUCAGCAACGUGCUAGAGUGGGAGAGGAAUAUGGCGGUCGGGGGGGUGGAGAUCGCUUUCAAACCCGCUAGGGUCAUAUUACAGGACCUUACAGGGGUGCCAGCAGUGGUAGAUUUCGCAGCCAUGCGUGCCGCCGUCCGCGACUUGGGUGGCAACCCUGACAAGAUCAACCCCAUCUGCCCAGCUGACUUGGUCAUCGAUCAUUCAGUACAGGUCGACUUCGCUAGAACACCCGAUGCAUUGAACAAAAACCAAGAAUUGGAAUUUGAGAGGAACAAGGAAAGAUUCCAGUUUUUGAAGUGGGGUGCUCAAGCUUUUGAUAACAUGUUGAUCGUGCCACCAGGCUCCGGUAUCGUUCACCAGGUCAACUUAGAGUACUUGGCUCGCGUGGUCUUCUCCAAGGAUGUGCUUCACCCGGACUCCGUGGUCGGUACGGACAGCCAUACCACCAUGAUUAACGGGCUUGGCGUCGUCGGCUGGGGCGUUGGAGGUAUCGAAGCAGAAGCAGUGAUGUUGGGCCAAGCCAUCAGUAUGUUGCUGCCUAAAGUUGUCGGAUACCGCCUCAUCGGGGAACUGAACCCGCUUACCACCUCUACUGAUCUUGUGCUAACUAUCACUAAGCAUCUCCGCUCUCUCGGCGUAGUCGGCAAAUUCGUUGAGUUCUUCGGCCCUGGAGUGUCAGCCCUCAGCAUAGCGGACCGCGCCACUGUUGCCAACAUGUGUCCGGAGUUCGGCGCCACUGUGGCCCACUUCCCGGUCGACGCGAGAUCUCUACAAUACUUGGCUCAAACAAACCGUACUCAGGAGAAGAUUGACAUCAUUGAAGCGUAUCUGCGUGCCACCAACCAGUUCAGAGAUUACAAUGACCCCUCACAGGACCCCAUCUUCUCUGAGGUGGUUGAGCUAGAUUUAUCCACCGUCGUGACGUCAGUGAGCGGCCCCAAGCGCCCUCAGGACCGAGUUUCUGUUUCCGUCAUGAAGAAGGACUUUCAAGAUUGUCUCAGCAACAAGGUCGGCUUCAAAGGCUACGGCCUGAGCCCGGCCCAGCUCGACACGUCAGCAAGCUUCACGUACUCCGACGGCGCGACGUAUACGAUCCGACACGGAUCCGUGAUAAUAGCGGCCAUUACGUCAUGCACCAAUACUUCUAACCCUAGCGUUAUGCUGGGCGCAGGUAUGCUCGCCAAGAAAGCGGUGGAGAACGGUCUAAGCGUGCUGCCUUAUAUUAAGACCUCCCUGUCCCCUGGUUCCGGAGUAGUCACUUACUAUCUCAGGGAAUCCGGAGUAGUCCCGUACCUGGAGAAGUUAGGUUUCGAUAUCGUCGGCUAUGGAUGUAUGACCUGUAUUGGAAACUCGGGACCUAUUGAUGACAACAUCGCCAACACGAUUGAGAAGAAUGAGCUGGUGUGCUGUGGAGUCCUCUCCGGUAACCGCAACUUCGAAGGCCGCAUCCACCCCAACACGAGGGCCAACUAUCUCGCCUCUCUAUUAGUCAUCGCCUACGCGUUGGCAGGCACUGUGGAUAUUGACUUUGAAACUCAACCGCUAGGUAAUCGCGCGGACGGCAGCCCAGUGUUCCUCCGCGAUAUCUGGCCCACCAGAGCCGAGAUUCAGGAGGUGGAGAACAAGCAUGUCAUCCCCAACAUGUUCAAAGAGGUGUAUGAGAAGAUCGAACUGGGCUCGCCUUCCUGGCAAGCAUUGGACGUGCCCAAAGGCAAGCUGUACGGCUGGGACCCCAACUCUACCUACAUCAAGAGACCGCCUUUCUUCGACGGCAUGACCAAGGAGCUCGGCACCAUUCGCGACAUUGAGAACGCUCGCUGCCUCCUCCUCCUGGGCGAUUCUGUGACGACGGACCACAUCUCCCCCGCCGGAGCUAUUGCGCGGAACUCCCCUGCGGCCCGCUACCUCGCCGGCAGAGGACUAACCCCUCGCGAGUUCAACUCGUACGGCUCUCGCCGAGGCAACGACGCCAUUAUGUCUCGAGGCACGUUCGCGAACAUUCGCCUCGUGAACAAGAUGGCGCCCGCGCCCGGGGCGAGAACCACGCACCAUCCUAGCGGGGACGUUAUGGACAUAUUCGAUGCGGCUGACAGAUACGCGCAAGAGAAUGUGCCUCUGAUCGCCAUCGUGGGCAAGGACUACGGGUCUGGCUCCAGCCGAGACUGGGCCGCCAAGGGACCCUAUCUGCUGGGCAUCAAAGCUGUAAUCGGCGAGUCAUUCGAGCGCAUCCACCGCUCAAACUUGGUCGGCAUGGGCAUCAUGCCUCUCCAGUUCCUGUCCGGAGACUCCGCUGACGGCCUGGGGCUCACGGGGGCGGAGCGCUACAGUGUGCGCGUGCCGCAGGACUUGACUCCGGGCCAGCGGCUCACUGUGCAGGUUGACAACGGCAAGUCGUUCCAAGUCAUCGCUCGUUUCGACACCGAGGUAGAUCUUACCUACUUCCGCAACGGAGGAAUCCUGAACUACAUGAUCAGAAAAAUGCUGUAAAACACUGCAUAUAUCUCGGUUGUAUGAUUUUGUGGGCAAUAGUGCAUAUAUCGCGGUGGUAUGAUUUUUUCAAGUGUAUGACUACCUAAAAUUCUGUAGACAUGGGGGUUUCUACAAUCUAUGCUGUAGGCACAUUACAUGUAUCGCGGUUGUAUGGCUGUGUUGUCUACUUUAAAUAGUUGAAUAAGAGAUGUUUUAGAAAGCAAUGUUGUUUAAGGUUAUAUAGUCCGAAAAAGUUCAACUUUUGUACUUUGUGUAAAAGAAUUCGUUUCUUUUUUUUUAAUCAAUAAUACUUAUUUUU